AUGCCUAAGUUUGAUGACAGUAAGGAUGACAUAGACGAUUAUUUACGCAGAUUCGAAAAACUAGCUUGUUUACAGGGAUGGAAUUCGCAGAAUUUUCAUGUAUACUUAGGUUCUCUGUUGGGGGGUAAAGCCUUGAAGAUAUACGUAAGUCUGCCGGAUGACGUUCUAGUAAAUUACGAGUUGUUAAAAGACGCGUUAUUGAAAGGAUAUAAUGUUGAUGUUGAUUCCUACCGUAAGAAGUUUAAGGAGAGUAAGGUGGGUGAAAACGAGACGUACGUACAGUUAAUGUCUCGGCUGAUUAGGUAUUUAGAUAACUGGCUAACCAUGAGUGACGUCACGAAGAACUACGAGGAGCUGUUUGACUUCUUAGUUCGCGACCAAAUGUUAAGCAAUUGUCCGUUUGAACUUCGCGUUUUUCUUAAGGAGCGAGUUUUUGAAACUACUCUUGACAUGGCGCAAGCAGCCGAUAGGUUUCGUAGUGCACACAAAUCUACCAAAAUCCGUAAAAUGCCUAUCAAGGAAGAUCCUGAUACAAAGAACGGUACAAAAUCUGGCGUUAGGGAUAAGAUCGUGUGUCACCACUGUUCCAAGCCAGGUCAUAUACGUCCUUCUUGCCCUGACUUAAUGCUUGGUAAAAGCAAAUCCUCUCAGAGGGUCAACUUUGUGUUUGACUCUGACCUCUCUCCCAACAAUAGCAUCAUGUGUGAGGGAAUGUUAUAUAAUAGACCCGUACAUGUACUCUUUGAUUCUGGCUGUUCGUCUAUCAUCGUUAAGGAAUCGCUCAUCCCCGCCACGGCCAAGCGAGGGAAAAUGGUCACUCUGUACGACUACCUGGGAGUGGGCCGGACUUUUCCAACUGUGCGUUGCCUUAUAAAGAGCGAAUUUUUGAAUGGGUGGUACAACGUUGUUGCUGCUCCUAUUAAGUUCACCGAUGUUCUUGUAGGUAUGGUGCCGGGUGUCUCAGUGCCAUCCGUGAAUAACCCUAACCUUAGCAUAUCGGUAAAUUCUCCCCGCACAGAUAUCGGUAACGCGGAUGUUGUUAAUGCAGUUGUUACGAGGGCUGCUAAAAUAAAGGAAGAUGCCGAACCAGCAAAACUGACGAUUCCUCAUUUUCAGUUUAAUAGUGUAUCUAAGGAUGAUUUUCUGAGUGCUCAGACUGAAUGUUCUUCUCUCGAAAACAUCAGAGAUAAAGUAAGAAGUAAAUCUCUAGUAAAUGUAAAGAAUCGUUCUGUUAGAUACGAAAUUGUGAAAGGCUUAAUUUACCGAGUGUGCGUUAAAAGCAAGCACAAUCAUGAAAUAGGCGUUAAGCAGUUGGUAGUACCUCGUGCGGGAGCGGAAAUAAAACGGUACUGUCGUUCAUGUCACGUGUGUCAGAAGACGUCUCCUAAAGGUAAAAUAGGGAGAGCACCCAUGGUUCAGAUGCCGAUAAUAAGCGAGCCUUUUGCCAGGGUUGCAAUUGAUCUUGUGGGGCCGAUCACACCUGCUUCUAGCAGAGGACAUAAGUAUAUUCUAACGCUAAUUGACAUAGCAACUAGAUUCCCGGAAGCAGUGCCCUUACGGAAUAUAGAUACUGUCACUGUAGCAGAGGCUUUGCUAAGUAUUUUUUCGCGUGUGGGAAUACCGAAAGAAAUACUUUCCGAUCGCGGAACCCAGUUCAAAUCGGAUUUAAUGGCAGAGAUAAACAGAAUGCUCUCAAUAAAGGCAUUAUUUACAAGUCCAUAUCAUGCUUGCUGCAAUGGAACUGUGGAGCGAUUUCACGCAGUGUUAAAAUCCAUGCUUAAAAAACUCUGCGGAGAACGACCCCACGAUUGGGAUCGCUACAUCCCGUCUGUUCUAUUCGCGUACCGCGAGGUUCCUAACGAUACUCUGAAAUUCAGUCCAUUUGAGUUGCUGUACGGUCGCAAAGUGCGCGGUCCACUGUCCAUUCUUCACGAUCUAUGGACCAGAGAUGACCUUAAUGAUGAGAUUAAAAGCACUUAUCAAUACGUUCUUGAUUUGCGAUCCCGAUUAGAGGAAUCCGCUCAGUUGGCUUCAUCCCAUGCAGAUGUUUCUGGUAAAAUGUACAAAGCCUAUUUUGACAGAAGUGCUAAAGUACGCAAAUUAAACGAAGGCGACGAAGUACUUGUUUUGCUGCCAACAUCUCACAACAAGUUAACAAUGCAGUGGAAGGGACCUUAUUCGGUAGUGAGGAAGCACGAUAACGGCGUAGACUACGAGGUAAAGAUUAAUACGAAAAAGAGAUUAUAUCACCUAAACAUGCUUAAGAAAUAUGUGAGGCGUGACGAUGUUUCAUCUUCGCAAGUAUGCCAGGUGUGCGUCGUAGACGAUCUUCCAACGUCAGAGGAAAAAGCGAGUUUUGCUUGCGAUAUUCCUGACUUGUACGAGGCUAAUGAAUGUACAGUAAACAUUAAUCCUGAACUGUCGAGUAAGCAGACAGCAGAGUUAAAACAGCUAGUAGCUGAAUUCUCUGACGUAUUCUCAGAUAAACCAGGUGUAACUAGCACGGUCAUACAUGACAUUGAAUUGUCAACAGUUGCCCCUGUUCAUACUAAGCCGUACCCUAUUCCCCAUCAUCUCAGAAAAGCUUUUGAUGAGGAAGUGGAUAGAAUGUUAGCUUUAGGCGUUGUUGAACAUUCUACAUCUCCCUAUUGCUCACCCGUUGUGCUAGUUAAAAAGGCCGAUAAUUCAUGGCGCUUUUGCGUAGAUUUUAGGGCUCUGAACGACGUGAGUGUUUUCGACGCAGAACCAAUGCCAACGAUGGAUGAAGCAUUAGGUAAUUUUGUGGGAGACGUUUACUUCACUGAAUUAGAUCUUUGUAAAGGCUAUUGGCAAAUUCCUUUAUCUCAGAAGGCAAAAUCGUACACUGCUUUUGCUACUCCUAAAUACGGACUUCUGCAGUUCAAUAAACUUCCGUUUGGUUUACGCACGGCGUGUGCCAGUUUCAUCAGAUUAAUGCGUAAAGUUACUGCAGGUUUGACGAAUGUAGAGUGCUACUUUGAUAAUUUGGUGGUACAUAGCUCGUCAUUUCGUAAGCACUUGAUUCACAUAAGGAAUCUUCUGGAAAGAUUGCGUGAGCACGGGUUAACUGCUGGGCCUAGUAAAUGUUUUCUAGCUUUUCCCAAUAUUAAAUAUCUUGGAUUUAAUCUUGGUGAGAAGGGCUUGAGUACCCUUCCAGAUAAGGUUGAGGCAAUCAAAAAUAUGCCGAUGCCAGAAACCAAGAAACAACUACUAAGUUUCCUUGGAACGCUUUCAUUCUAUCGGAAGUUCAUUCCUAAUUUAGCUGACCUCGUACACCCUUUGAACUCUCUUCUGAAAAAAUUUUCUCCUAAUAAGCUGAAUUUAACUCCUGAUCAUUAUAAGAGAAUCGACGAAUUAAAGGAUAUGUUAGCCAAUGCACCAAUCUUAACUCUGCCUGACUAUGAAAAGACUUUUUAUCUCCGAACAGACGCCAGCGACACAGGUCUUGGGGCGGUGUUGCUACAGAAUGUUGAUAAUGUUCUCAUGCCAAUCGCUUAUGCGAGUAGAAAGCUCUCUGACUCGGAAGGGCGUUAUGCCGUAAUAGAAAGAGAAGCUUUAGCUAUCGUCUGGGCUAUUAAAAAGUUCUGGUGUUAUCUUUAUGGCCGCGAGUUUGUCUUGCAAACCGAUCAACAACCGUUAACAUACAUCAGAAACAUGAAGAACAGCAAUGGUCGUCUUAUGCGUUGGUCACUGGCUCUCCAGUCUUAUGCAUUUACGAUAGAGUAUAUCAGAGGUCAAGAUAAUGUUGGCGCAGACAUUCUUAGUCGACGCUCAGUGUAA